GUCUCUGCUGGGUGCUCAUUGGUAGAUGCUUUUUCUUAGAAUUUCAGGCUUUAAUUGAUUCCCCAAGAUGUUUGCAAAAGCAACAAAGAAUUUUGUGAGAGAAACUGAUGGUGGAGGUGACUUGAUCCCUGUCUCCCAGUUGAACGCCUCAGACAAGCUGCAGCUUCUGAGCUUAGUUACGAAGAGGAAGAAAUUCUGGUGCUGGCAGAAGCCCAAGUAUCAUUUCUUGACAGUCACCCUGAGUGAUGUGCUUACUGAAGACAAACCAAUAAAACCAGUAAUUGUGGAGUCUGACUUUGCAAAAUAUAUGGGGAAGUUUGAAGAUUUUGUUCAAGGAAGUAUUGAAACUUCAUUUGGAAAGAUCAGCCUGGGAGCCAGAGGGAAGGGCUGUGUGGAAAACCAGUCCUCAUUUGGAAACCUAAGGAAGCAGGAGAUUGACUUGCAGCAGCUUAUGAAAGACGUCAAGGACAGAACAAUAAAUCUAAACAGUAGUUUACUGCAACAAGUAAUAGAAAGAAAACGUGAAGUGCUGUGCAUCUUGAGAGAAAAGAUAAUAACAACUCAGAAGUGUACGAUAUCUGAACAUAUCCAGACGGAAGAAAAAAUCAGUGGUGUGAUGGGAUGCAGUACAAAAAUAGUAAAGGUUUCAGUGAGUGAAACUGGAAGUAUGAUGAAGGAUUCCAGUGUGAUCCUUGAAAUUCCUCCUGCAACCACUAUUGCCUACGGUGUAAUUGAACUGUUUAUAAAGCAGAGUGGCCAGUUUGAAUUCUGUCUGCUAGAUGAACAGCAAGGAGGUUUUGAAAAAGAAAGCACAGAAGGCUCGACUUAUCCCCACUCAGCACUAAUCAGAGAUGCUUCGUUUCUCUAUCAGCCAGAUGCUGUUGAUAAUGAGAUGUACUCUGGGGCUAAAAACCUCAUUCCCAGUGAUGCUUCUUUAAGUGUACUGAAACAAGAUCUGUCACAGCUGAAGACUCGGUUCCAGCCCUUUGUGAAGCUGCCGGAAGACAAGCAAAAAGCUUUAUAUAAAACCCUUUGUGAACUCUUGCUCCAUGAAGAAAUGGUAACUGCCCUGGAGGAUGUGUUAGAUGAUAUCUGCACAGGAGACAAGCCAGAUCUGAAGGAGUUAAAACCUGCACAACAACAAGACCUCCUUGAUUUCUUGCAGCUCUUAGGGUGCAGUUUACAGAGUGAGCCGCUGUUGCAGAAAUAUCAGCCUCAGGAUGAAGAACUCUUCUCAGCUGCUCACCUCCUUAUCAGUGCUAUCUCUGAGCUGUCUGAUUACACUCUUGCCCUGCUGCGUGCCUGCUGUGAUCUUCAGGUUGUUCCAGCAUUGUGUUGUUUGCCUAACAUCGCUUCAGCCAAUGGCACUGUGGCGCUGAGCAGUCCUUUGGUGGCUACUCUCACUGACAGAGGAAGAUUUGAUGUCGUGCAAAGGCUGUUUGCUUCAUCAAACAUUAAUUUCGAAAUGACAGAGUCUUCUGUAAAAGCUCUAACUAUGAAAGAACCUAGAUUCUUCCCGCUUGUUCUUUAUGUUGCAUUGUACGGAUUUUAUGCUUUAGGUGGGAAUGUAUAG